CACCGCGGCGAGACUCGGCGCCGUGGACGUGGAGAGAGGGCGACGCACCUGCGCGAAGACGGCAGCGCGAGAAGCCGCUCCAGUGCGGUUGCGCGGCGGCCCAGGCGUCGAGGGCAGCCUCGGCGGGGAGCGCGCCGCGCGCCUGCGCGGAGAGCUGCGUGACGCGGUGGCGCGCAAGGGACGUGCGGAGUGAGUGGCGCUGCGGGUGGGGCCGUCGGCGGCGCUGGUGAGAGAACGCCGAGCCGUCGCCGCAGCCUCCGCCGCCGAGAAGCCCUUGUUCCCGCUGCUGGGAAGGAGAGUCUGUGCCGACAAGAUGGCGGACGGGGAGCUGAACGUGGACAGCCUCAUCACCCGGCUGCUGGAGGUACGAGGAUGUCGUCCAGGAAAGAUUGUGCAGAUGACUGAAGCAGAAGUUCGAGGCUUAUGUAUCAAGUCUCGGGAGAUCUUUCUCAGCCAGCCUAUUCUUUUAGAAUUGGAAGCACCGCUGAAAAUUUGUGGAGAUAUUCAUGGACAGUAUACAGAUUUACUGAGAUUAUUUGAAUAUGGAGGUUUCCCACCAGAAGCCAACUAUCUUUUCUUAGGAGAUUAUGUGGACAGAGGAAAGCAGUCUUUGGAAACCAUUUGUUUGCUAUUGGCUUAUAAAAUCAAAUAUCCAGAGAACUUCUUUCUCUUAAGAGGAAACCAUGAGUGUGCUAGCAUCAAUCGCAUUUAUGGAUUCUAUGAUGAAUGCAAACGAAGAUUUAAUAUUAAAUUGUGGAAGACCUUCACUGAUUGUUUUAACUGUCUGCCUAUAGCAGCCAUUGUGGAUGAGAAGAUCUUCUGUUGUCAUGGAGGAUUGUCACCAGACCUGCAAUCUAUGGAGCAAAUUCGGAGAAUUAUGAGACCUACUGAUGUCCCUGAUACAGGUUUGCUCUGUGAUUUGCUAUGGUCUGAUCCAGAUAAGGAUGUGCAAGGCUGGGGAGAAAAUGAUCGUGGUGUUUCCUUUACUUUUGGAGCUGAUGUAGUCAGUAAAUUUCUGAAUCGUCAUGAUUUAGAUUUGAUUUGUCGAGCUCAUCAGGUGGUGGAAGAUGGGUAUGAAUUUUUUGCUAAACGACAGUUGGUAACCUUAUUUUCAGCCCCAAAUUACUGUGGCGAGUUUGAUAAUGCUGGUGGAAUGAUGAGUGUGGAUGAAACUUUGAUGUGUUCAUUUCAGAUAUUGAAACCAUCUGAAAAGAAAGCUAAGUACCAGUAUGGUGGACUGAAUUCUGGACGUCCUGUCACUCCACCUCGAACAGCUAAUCCACCGAAGAAAAGGUGAAGAAAGGAAUUCUGUAAAGAAACCAUCAGAUUUGUUAAGGACAUACUUCAUAAUAUAUAAGUGUGCACUGUAAAACCAUCCAGCCAUUUGACACCCUUUAUGAUGUCACACCUUUAACUUAAGGAGACGGGUAAAGGAUCUUAAAUUUUUUUCUAAUAGAAAGAUGUGCUACACUGUAUUGUAAUAAGUAUACUCUGUUAUAGUCAACAAAGUUAAAUCCAAAUUCAAAAUUAUCCAUUAAAGUUACAUCUUCAUGUAUCACAAUUUUUAAAGUUGAAAAGCAUCCCAGUUAAACUAGAUGUGAUAGUUAAACCAGAUGAAAGCAUGAUGAUCCAUCUGUGUAAUGUGGUUUUAGUGUUGCUUGGUUGUUUAAUUAUUUUGAGCUUGUUUUGUUUUUGUUUUUUUUCGCUAGAAUAAUGGCAAAUACUUCUAAUUUUUUUCCCUAAACAUGUUUAAAAGUGAAAUAUGGGAAGAGCUUUACAGACAUUCACCAACUAUUAUUUUCCCUUGCUUAUCUACUUAGAUAUCUGUUUAAUCUUACUAAGAAAACUUAUGACUCAUUACAUUAAAAAGGAAUUUUAGAGAUUGAUUGUUUUAAAAAAAAUACGCACAUUGUCCAAUCCAGUGAUUUUAAUCAUACAGUUUGACUGGGUAAACUUUACAGCUGAUAGUGAAUAUUUUGCUUUAUACAGGAAUUGACACUGAUUUGGAUUUGUGCACUCUAAUUUUUAACUUAUUGAUGCUCUAUUGUGCAGUAGCAUUUCAUUUAACUUUAAGAUAAGGCUCAUAUAGUAUUACCCAACUAGUUGGUAAUGUGAUUAUGUGGUACCUUGGCUUUAGGUUUUCAUUCGCACGGAACACCUUUUGGCAUGCUUAACUUCCUGGUAACACCUUCACCUGCAUUGGUUUUCUUUUUCUUUUUUCUUUUUCUUUUUUUUUUUUUUUUUUUUUUUUUUUGUCGUUGUCGUUGUUGUUUGUUUUUAGAUCCACAGUACAUGAGAAUCCUUUUUUGACAAGCCUUGGAAAGCUGACACUAUCUCUUUUUCCUCCCUCUAUAUGAAGGAUGUAUUUAAAUGAAUGCUGGUCAGUGGGACAUUUUGUCAACUAUGGGUAUUGGGUGCUUAACUGUCUAAUAUUGCCAUGUGAAUGUUGUAUACGAUUGUAAGGCUUAUGUCACUAAAGAUUUUUAUUCUGAUUUUUUCAUAAUCAAAGGUCAUAUGAUAUUGUAUAGACAUGCUUUGUAGUGAACUAUAGUAGCAAUAAUUUCUGUACCUGAUCAAGAGUUUAUUGCAGCCUUUCUUUUCCUAUUCUUUCUUUUUUUUAAGGGUUAGUAUUAACAAACGGCAAUGAGUUAGAAAAGUUAACAUGAAGAUUUUAGAAGGAGAGAACUUACAGGACACAGAUUUGUGAUUCUUUGGCUGUGACACUAUUGGAUGUGAUUCUAAAAGCUUUUAUUGAGCAUUGUCAAAUUUGUAAGCUUCAUAGGGAUGGACAUCAUAUCUAUAAUGCCCUUCUAUAUGUGCUACCAUAGAUGUGACAUUUUUGACCUUAAUAUCGUCUUUGAAAAUGUUAAAUUGAGAAACCUGUUAACUUACGUUUUAUGAAUUGGCACAUUGUAUUACUUACUGCAAGAGAUAUUUCAUUUUCAGCACAGUGCAAAAGUUCUUUAAAAUGCAUAUGUCUUUUUUUCUAAUUCCGUUUUGUUUUAAAGCACAUUUUAAAUGUAGUUUUCUCAUUUAGUAAAAGUUGUCUAAUUGAUAUGAAGCCUGACUGAUUUUUUUUCCUUACAGUGAGACAUUUAAGCACACAUUUUAUUCACAUAGAUACUGUGUCCUUGACAUAUUGAAAUGAUUCUUUUCUGAAAGUAUUCAUGAUCUGCAUAUGAUGUAUUAGGUUAGGUCACAAAGCUUUUAUCUGAGGUGAUUUAAAUAACUUCCUGAUCGGAGUGUGUAAGCUGAGCGAUUUCUAAUAAAAUUUUAGUUGUACUCUUUUAGUAGUCAUAGUGAAGCAGGUCUAGAAAAUAAGCCUUUGGCAGGGAAAAAGGGCAAUGCUGAUUAAUCUCAGUAUUAAACCACAUUAAUCUGUAUUCCAUCGUCUGGCUUUUGUAAAUUCAUCCAGGUCAAGACUAAGUAUGUUGGUUAAUAGGAAUCCUUUUUUUUUUUUUUUUGAAGACUAAAUGUGAAAAAAUAAUCACUACUUAAGCUAAUUAAUAUUGGUCAUUAAAUUUAAAGGAUGGAAAUUUAUCAUGUUUAAAAAUUAUUAAGCACUCUUAAAACCACUUAAACAGCCUCCAGUCAUAAAAAUGUGUUCUUUACAAAUAUUUGCUUGGCAACACUACUUGAAAUAAAUAAAACUUUGUUUCUUAGGAGAAAAUUAUUCUGUAAUUCCAGUGUCACUAAUUUAUAUUGUUCUUUCCUCUGAUUUUUUUCAGGUUAGUGAUUUUUUUGUAUACAAUUUAAUCCAAAUGUUAUGACAUUCAGAAAUCAUGAAACACAGUAGCUAUCUGUUAUAAUGUGGUGUAUCACAUGGAUUAUAAAGCAAAGUUAUGGUCGAUUUCUAUUCUUGAAAGAAUCAACUACAGUGAGUCCUUUGCAUUUGAAGCCUUAACAUGCGUUGCUUUAAUUUUGCCCAGGGACACAUUUUAAUAAUCAGCAAGACUGGUUUGUGCAAAGCGUUGAGUCAUCAGGUAUUUAGAGCCUAGCCAGCUACCCAGUAUCCAUGCUGCCAUAUCCCUUCAUUGUAAAAAGUACCUAAACAUUCGUGAAAUUAUUUUUUUUAGCUGAAAAAUGCUGGCAAGAAGAAUUUUAAAGCUUAAAAUAGGUGGUAAAUUUGAAGUAUGAGUGUGUUCAGGAGAAGCAUACGCUUUUCAAAAAAAUUUUUAUUCAAGGCAAAGCAAGGAACAUCUUGAGAUAUGUCUCUUAAGAAUAUAAAGAUGUAUUAUUUUAAGCCAAGGAGCUGAAAUAUAUCUCAGUUUAUAAAUUCAGGUAUAUUCUUUUUGUCUCCAUGGCAACCAUAACUUUUGAACCCAAAAAAAAUUUUUUUACAUCUUUAUGCUGAAAAUGUGUUUAGAGUAGGAAUGUGGUCAGGCUGAAUUUGCUGUUGCUCCCUAACCAAAUCCACCUCUUGUUUUUCCUUGUGAGUCCAUGGCUAAAUCAAAGCUGCCCCUGAGAAGAGACUUAAUCCAAGCCUGAUUGUACUAGUGGCAUCACUUAGAAGUAGGCUGUCCCUCUUUCUAGUAGAUCUCAAUGUUUUAUAAUUCCUUAAAACAGCUGAAAAUUGGGACAACAUACUUUACGCAAUGAACAGUAGUUAAAUAGGAAAUAAACUAGUUCCAUAUAAGUAUACACCUAGAGUUUUGAUUACCUUUAUAAUGUUUCUUAAACAAAAGUGAAACUUAGAUGCAAUUGUGAUUGGAUACUUAGAUACUAAGUGAAACUUAGUGUAACAAUUUUGAUCUGUUAAAUUGGAUUUUACAUGUACAUUUGAAUGCCAGAAUUUCUAAAUAAAUCCCCUGGUUAGGAAAUUUUAAAAGUCAAAGCUUGUUUUCUUCAACCACUACCUUCUACAUUGGUUGACUUAGACCAUAAGCUUUUUAAGUUUCUCAUUGUAAUUUACCUUCUCAUGCAGAUUGCUGAUGUUUUAUUAAACCUUAUUUUUACAAAAAUGA